AUGUUGACCAAUCUAAAAGUUCUUGAUUUGAGUGAUAACCAAUUCAAUGGUACCAUUUUGAAAUUUGUUGGUGAAAUUUCAUCUCUAAGAUCCCUAUCUCUUGCAUACAAUGACAUGGGAACAUCAAUUGAUUUGAAUAGUUUUAGAAGACUUUCGAGACUGAGCAAUCUUAAAUUCCUCGAUCUUAAAUUCAACCAUUUAAAUAGCAGUAUUUUAACUUCUAUUGGUGGCAUUUCAAGACUAAAGUUUCUGGAUCUUUCAAAUAAUCAUAUUGGAGGAUCAACUGAUAUCAACAGUUUGUGCGAAUUGAAGACUCUUCAAGAACUCAACAUUCAGGGAAAUGAACUUCAGGGCACCUUACCUUCGUGCUUAGCCAACUUAACAUCACUUCGUUGGCUAGAUAUCUCUUCCAAUUAUUUCAACGGAAAUAUCGCCUUUUCUCCUCUUGUCAAUCUAACAACCUUGAAAUACCUUGCACUUUCAGAUAAUCAAUUUGAAGUUCAAGUCUCAUUCAAGUCAUUUUUAAACCAUUCUAAACUUAAGUUCCUUGAAAGCCUUAACAACAAGUUGGUGGUGGAAGGGGAAUGUCAUUCCUCAACCCCAAGUUUCCAAUUAACAGUUAUCCGUCUAUCUGAUUCAAAAUCCAGCAAUUGCUCUGUAGGUUUUCCCCAUUUCCUCUACCAUCAAAAUGAACUUCAUGAGAUUGAGCUCUCUCGAAUUGAUUUUAAUGGGAAGUGGCCGAAUUGGUUGUUGGAGAAUAAUUCAAGAUUGGUAACUCUUGCUAUACGAGACAAUUCAUUACAUGGAUCAAUUUUACAGUUGCCUUUGAAUUCCAUGACAAGGCUUUCCUUUUUGGAUAUAUCCAACAAUCAUAUUGAAGACUACAUCCCUUAUAAACUUGCUGGUAUCUUUCCACAUUUAGUAUAUUUAAACAUGUCUACAAAUGGCUUCAAAGGUGAAAUUCCUUCCUCGUUGGGUGACCUAACCUCUUUACAAAUUCUAGAUUUAUCAAACAAUCGAUUAUCUAGAAAAAUACCAGUGCAUUUGGCUAAGGCUUGUAAGUCCUUGAAGUCGUUGAUCCUAUCAAACAACAGCUUGACAGGUCCUAUCCUACCCCCUCAAACAAACUCAAACACAAUUGAAUCUUUACUUCUAGACAACAAUCACUUCACACAAAUUCCAGAUAGCUUGUCAAUAAACUCUUUGUAUGUGUUGAAUGUGGGUCACAAUCAAUUAGCAGGAAAGAUUCCAGGAUGGAUUUGGAAUACCUCAUUUUUAAGGUUCCUUUCCUUACGCAAUAAUAAUUUUGAAGGACCUAUCCCAAUUGAAUUUUGUGAGCUUCAGGAUCUGAUUGCGUUGGACCUCUCAAAUAAUUAUUUCAUAGGAAUUGUGCCAUCUUGUUUUUCAAACCUGGAAAAGGUAGAAUUCGUUUGGCUGUCAAAUAAUAGGCUAAGUGGUCCUUUCCCAGAGGCCUUUCAUUACAGCUUUGAUUUGAGGGUGCUUGAUCUUUCUAAUAACCGCCUGAGCAAUGAUAUUUCGAAGUGGAUUGGCAACCUUUCCCAGAUGCAAAUGCUUCUCUUGAAAAAUAACAGUUUUGAGGGAAAUAUUCCAAAUCAAAUAUGCCACCUGUCCAGCUUGGCCGUCAUUGAUCUUUCUUGGAACAACUUCUUUGGUGAUAUUCCACAUUGCUUGCAUACCACCGAUACAGAAAAGACUUUCACAUCGGUAACUUUUUUUGGGGAUCCAAAACUCACAUCAUCAUUAGAUGUUUUCAAACCCUAUAUAGAAAUGGGUAAUUUCACGAAUCAGAUGGAGUUCACAACAAAAGGAAUAACUCUGUUUUACAAGGGAGUUCCUCUAGACCUUUUCUCGGCAAUUGAUCUCUCCAAUAACAAAUUGACUGGUUGUAUACCACCUGGAAUUGGCAAUCUUCGCCAUAUCAAAUCAUUGAACUUGUCCCACAACAACUUAACUGGACCAAUCCCUGCAACUUUCUCCAACUUGGAGAACUUAGAGAGCUUGGAUCUUUCCUACAACAGCUUGCAAGGGAAUAUCCCUUAUGAACUCACAUGUUUACACUUUUUGGAAAGCUUCAACGUGUCUUACAACAACUUAAGUGGAAGGAUACCUCAGGGAUUAAACCAAUUUCAAACUUUUGAUUGGAGUAGCUACAUUGGAAAUCCACUCCUUUGUGGAGAAGAAGUUCCAAAUAGUUGCAAUUCACCCCUACCAACAGCAUCACCCAACAAUGGCAGUGAAGUGGAAUUCGGCUUUAUUGACAUGGGCACUUUCUAUUCGAGCUUUGUAGGGUCUUACUUGUCUGUGUUACUAUCUAUUGUAGGAAUUUUGUACAUAAAUCCUCAUUGGAGACGAGUAUGGUUCCACUUCGUUGAGGUUUUCAUCACCUCUUGCUACUAUUUCGUUAUGGAUAACCUUUGGAAGAUCAAAGCCAGGUUCCUACAUAAGCGAUCACCCAUCUAAAGAAGGUUCAAUGUACAUACCUAGUUUGUUCUAAAUUUGAUUUUCU